UCAGGAUCCGAGCCCCUUCCGCUCUGUUUUCCCUAUUUGGUGGAGACCAUGGGUGUGGAGGUAGCGGAAGCUGAUUUCACACAGGCACCUGUGAAGGACGGAUUUGGUAUCUUGAAUGAGAAAGAUAGCACAAAACCCAAUCAGAUUGCAGGGCUGGACGAGCCAACCAAAUCUGGUUCGCAAGGAACAGAUGCGCCUGCUAAAGGAUUGGGAGACUCUGAUCCGGAUGUCAACAACUUCCCCAAGGAUGCUGUUGAUGAAUGGCCUGCCCCGAAGCAAAUCUAUUACUUUUAUUUUGUCAAGUAUCGGUCUUACGACGACCCAAAGCUGAAAGCCAAAAUUGAUCAGGCUGACAAGGAGGUUCAGAGAAAGAGUCAAUCUCGUUUCCAGAUUAUUGAAGCACUGAAAGCCAAGAAGUCAGAUCGAGCACAGGUGAUAGCUCAGUUGAAACCUUUAACUCUUGAGGACAGGCAAUACAGAAUGAUUAUGGGUGAGAAGAGGAAGGAAAUGGAACCUUUGCAGCAGGCACUAGGUAAACUGCGUAGUGCAAACAAUGUUAACCGAGAGAGGGGCUUUGGUUUAUGUUCAUCUGAGGCCGAGCUUAAUGAACUUAUUCAGAGCAUGCAUUAUCGGAUGCAACAUGACAGCCUCACUUUGGCUGAGGAGAAACAACUGAUAAAAGAAAUUAAACAGCUUGAGGGGACUAGGGAGAAAGUUAUUGCUAAUGCUGCUAUGAAGGCAAAGAUUGAGGAUUCUCUGGGACAGAAGGAAGUUAUCCAAGACCAUGUCAAACUCAUUGGUGUUGAUAUGGAUGGAGUAAGGAAGGAACAACAAGCAAUUAGGGCAAAAAUCAAGCAUCUAGAGGAUGAACUUAAUGCAAUUGACAAUGAGAUUAGUUCAUUGCAAGAAGAACUGACCGCUGUGAAUCAUAAAAGGGAUAAAGCAUAUGAAACCCUUGUUGAACUGCGAAAACAGCGUGAUGAAGGGAAUGCAGUCUAUUAUCAAAAUCGUUCACUUUUAAACAAUGCUCGAGAACUUGCUGCAAAGAAGGAUGUUGCUGCUCUGGAAGAACUAUGUCACACAGAGGUUGAGAGAUUUAUAUCCCUCUGGAGCAGUAGUAAAGCUUUUAGGGAUGAUUAUGAGAAAAGGAUCUUGCCGUCACUUGACAGCCGCCAGUUGAGCAGGGAUGGGCGGAUGAGGAAUCCUGAUGAGAAGCCAUUGAUUUCAGAAGCACCCAUUCCUGCUGAACCUGAGACACUGGCUAAAGCUAGUGUAAAACGAACAAAAGAAGAUCCUAAACCCUCUACACUAAAUGAUAGCAUUUCCAUUCAGAAGGUUAAGAAAGAAGACACUGAUAAAUUAAGAGAGUCAGAAAACACUGCAAAGGGUGUUGACCUCGAGGACAAGGGGAUAUCUGGGCUUGAAAAACCGAAGGUGCCUUCCACAGUCAAUGUGAUUGAUGAGGCAAAGUUGAAGGAAAUGAAGAGAGAGGAGGAGAUAGCCAAAGCUAAGUCGGCUUUAGAGAGGAAGAAGAAGCUGGCAGAGAAGGCUGCUGCUAAAGCGGCAGUGAGAGCUGAGAAGGAAGCUGAGAAGAAGCUUAAGGAGCGUGAAAAGAGAGCAAAGAAGAAAGCUACAGCAUCUCAGCCUCCUUCCAAUCCUGAGGAGAAGAAUGAAGCAGCAGAUACAGAGGCUGUUGAGGCAGAAAAGGCUGAUGUGGAAGUUGAGCCUCCAGUCCCAACCAAGAGUAAAGAACUGAAGGAGAAUACUAUUAGGUACAGGAAUCGACCAAAAGGUGAGGAUUCUCGUCCCAAAAUCAUCCUCAAGCGGAAGAAGGCAACUCCUUACUGGGUAUGGGCUGCUCCGGUGGCAGCUGUGGUUUUGUUGCUUUUGGCCCUUGGAUACUACUAUUUUCUCUGAAGAGAAAAGUGGACAAAGGAAACAGCUGAGUAGCAGAGGUAUGGACCGAUUUUCCAGUUGGCGAACUUUUAACUGGCUUGGUCUAGUAGAAAUGAAGGUUUAGUUAUUGUUGGUUCUUUACAUCCCGGAAAGGAUGGACUUAACUCAUAAUCU